AUGGUCACACUGGAGGAUGAGGACCAGUUUAACGAGCUGGGGUGCUUCUACAACCCCUUCACUGGCAACUAUACCAUCAACAUCAUGCUCACGAGCCCUACCGUAGAGGCUUUGAAGGUUGUCAAUCAGCUCAAGGCUCUUCAGGAUGAGGUGGCGUUCAACGGCAUGGAUAAGAUGGAGAAGGACGGCUUGACCAUUACCUACCGUGGAAUUUCUUUGACAUGCCAAGGCGCUGAGCUUGAUGACACAGCACCGGAAGAGCCCUCGUCAUCCGCCCCAGCUUCUGCCCCUACACCUGUUGAGAAGAAGCCCGCCUCUUCGUCUACUGCCACACCUGCAGACCUUCAGGGUAUGAAGCGGAUGAUGAAAGAGCUUCAGGCAGAAAAUGCUGAGAUGAGCUACCGCAUCAAGAGGAACACUAAGGACAUCCGUGAGCUCUUGAAGAAGUGCCGAGACAUGGAGAUUGACAUUGUGUUGUUGCGACCUUCUGGUGAGAAGUUCACUGUCAAAGGUUGCCCUUCAUACUCAGUGUCCAAGUUCAAGCAUCACUUGCGUACUGAGUAUGGCUUCCGCUACCACCACCAGCGCCUCAUCCGGAACAACGCAGAUGGCAUGGCUGUUGAGCUCCAGAACACCCGCAAGCUCUUCAGCUACGGGGUGGAGAACGAUGGCGACCAGAUAUACUUUGUGAUGACCGGCGGUGAGGUUGUUGCCACCCCUCAGACGCCAGCUGUUGGGGUGUCAUCUUCGUCAGAAGAGGAUGAGAUUGUGGGAACUCCUCCUAUGUCAGAUGAUGAUGCUGACCAACUGCCUCGGCCGGGAGAUUGCGACAUGAGCCUUGUGUCCAUCAAGGACUACGCAAGCAAGAGCGUGAUGUUUCACGGCGGGAUUGACCACAGAAUGGACUUGAAAGGACUACUUGACUUCGUGAUGGUGUUUGAAAGCAUUGAAGAUGAGCAGAAAGACCAGCUUGUUUUCAGCGACGGCCGUGGCAGUCCAUACUCAUGGUCGUUGACUGUGCAACAGUGCAUGGACACCGCUGGCUUUGACGGAUUCUACCUGAAGGUGCGUGGGUUGAGUGGUGGGGCUCUUGUCCGUGGUCAUCUUUCCAAGCAACAGAUGCUUGACAGGUUCAAGAAGAAGAGCCGUGAUUACAUCAAGCAGUUGAAGUCAGUGGAAGAUGAAGAAGAUGAGACCAUCUACGACGCAACCCUUGUCCCCCAACCCAUCCAUGACUUCAUGGAGGAGAAGCGCCAGCAGAUUGCCAACGCCUGCUUCAUGGCAUCCCAAGGGCGAUGUCCAAUCUUGAUGGCAUUGAAAUUCACUCCGGAUGACAAGCUGGUGGCAAUUGAGGCGCUCAUGAAGGAAAAGCUGAAGGGCAAAAAGGAUGUCAGCGAGCUUCGUGUGCUCAAGUCAAUCAACCUUAUGUUUCCCACCAUGUCAGUGAUUGAGCAGACCAAGAUGGGGAUGACACUUCUUCAGAAGGAAUUGGCAUCAUGCCUUCUCAUGAUGUAUGCCACCCGCUACAAUGAGGAGCAUGCCGGAGAGUUGCGGUAUUACCACGGUGGCUUCUUGAAGGACUUGGGCGAGGAGUUGAUUGAACGCCAAGUUCGUCCAUUGGCUGAACCUGAGCGUGGUUGUGUUUUGUCUUGA